CUCCACCCCAACCCGCUGCUCGCCUCUCUUCCUCGACCCAUCCCGCCCUCCACUCCUCCUUCUCGCUCUUCACCGCUCUCUUCUCUCUUAUCUACACAAUGAGCGCUCAUCUCAAGCAAAGAUUCGCAGAGUGCAAGGCUGAAGGCCGCCCCGCCUUCGUCACCUUCGUCACCGCAGGCUUCCCCAAGCCCGACAGCACCGUCGACAUCAUGCUCGGCAUGCAAGCCGGUGGCGUCGACGUUAUCGAGCUCGGAAUGCCCUUCUCAGACCCCAUCGGCGACGGCCCCACCAUCCAAAAGUCAAAUACCAUUGCCCUGGAAAACGGCGUCACCACAAAGCAGACCAUCGACAUGGUCCGUCAAGGCCGUGCCGCCGGCGUCACCAUCCCAAUCGUCCUCAUGGGAUACUACAACCCAAUCAUGAUUUACGGCGAGGAGCAAUUCAUCAAGGACGCCAGAGCCGCCGGUGCCUGCGGUUUCAUCAUUGUUGAUUUCCCGCCAGAAGAGGCAAUCAAGUUCCGUCAGAUCUGCUCCAGAGAAGGAAUGAGCUACAUCCCGCUCGUCGCUCCCUCCACCACCGACUCCCGCCUCGAAAUCCUGUCACAGAUCGCAGACUCGUUCAUCUACGUCAUCUCGCGAAUGGGCACCACCGGCGCCCUCACCGAGAUCAGCGAGGGCCUGCCCGCGCUCUGUGCGCGCGUCCGCAAGUAUGCCGGCGACACCCCUCUCGCCGUCGGCUUUGGCAUCUCGACCGCAGAGCACUUCAACGCUGUCGGCGGCAUCGCCGACGGCGCCGUCAUUGGCAGCAAACUUGUCUCCGUCAUCAGCGGGCUCACUGACCCUAAAGAGAUCAACGCCGCGACAAAGAAGUUCUGCUCCUCGAUUUGCGGCCGCGUGGUCGAGACGUCUGCGCACGAGGUCGGCCCGGUUGCCGACUCGGCGUCGACUGUCGCCAGCGUGCUCGGCAAGAAGGAGGUCACGCCCACCGCGGUCGUUUCCGGCGGCGAUCCCAAGGCCAAGCUUGCGGUUGAUUUCCUGAACGGAAUCGUCGCAAAGGAAGAGAAAGAGCACGUGUUCCCGUCUCGGUUUGGCGAGUUUGGUGGACAGUACGUGCCCGAGGCGCUCUUCGACUGCCUCGUCGAGCUCGAGAAGGUGUUUGAGACCGCCGUCAACGACCCGACCUUUUGGGAAGAGUACCGGUCUUACUACCCCUACAUCGGCCGCCCCGGAAAGAUGCACCUCGCCCCGCGCCUCACCAAGCACGCCGGCGGCGCAAACAUCUGGCUCAAGCGAGAAGACCUCAACCACACCGGCUCGCACAAGAUCAACAACGCGCUCGGCCAGGUCCUGCUCGCGCGCCGUCUGGGCAAGACCGAGAUCAUUGCCGAGACGGGCGCGGGCCAGCACGGUGUCGCGACCGCGACGAUCGCCGCAAAGUUCGGCAUGAAGUGUACCGUCUACAUGGGCGCCGAGGACGUCCGCCGCCAGGCGCUCAACGUCUUCCGCAUGAAGCUCCUCGGCGCGUCUGUCGUCGCCGUCGACGCUGGCACGCGCACGCUCCGUGACGCGGUCAACGAGGCCCUGAGAUCCUGGGUGACCAACCUGUCGACCACACACUAUGUCAUUGGCUCCGCCAUCGGCCCGCAUCCCUUCCCGACCAUCGUGCGCACGUUCCAGAGCAUCAUCGGCAACGAGACCAAGCAGCAGAUGCAGGAGUACCGGGGCAAGCUUCCCGACGCGGUCGUGGCCUGCGUCGGAGGCGGCAGCAACAGCAGCGGCAUGUUCUACCCGUUCGUCGAAGACAAGACCGUCAAGCUCCUUGGCGUCGAAGCCGGCGGCGACGGCGUCGACACCGACCGACACAGCGCCACGAUCUCUGCCGGCUCCGUCGGCGUGCUCCACGGAAACAAGACCUACGUCAUCCAAGACAAGGACGGCCAGAUCCUCGACACCUACUCCGUCUCCGCCGGUCUCGACUACCCGGGCGUCGGCCCCGAGCUGUCGAUGUGGAAAGACACCGGGCGCGCGGACUUUGUGGCCGCGACGGACGCGCAGGCGCUCGAGGGCUUCAGACUGCUUUCGCAGCUCGAGGGCAUCAUCCCCGCGCUCGAGUCCUCGCACGCUAUUUAUGGCGCGGUCGAGCUCGCAAAGACGAUGAAGCCUGAUCAGGAUAUUGUCAUUUGCUUGUCUGGACGCGGUGAUAAGGACGUCGAGAGCGUUGCGGAGAAUUUGCCGCGGUUGGGACCUUUGAUUGGAUGGGAUUUGCGUUUUUAAAGAGGUGGUUUGAGAGUGUUCUUUUGAUCAUUUAGAUCUGUUUUAUGUAGUAAAAGUAUAUACGAGAGAUGGAAAAUUAUUUGAAUACGAAGAAAUGCU